GAGACACAUGCCUGAGAAUGUGAUGCCGCGGUGAAUCAUGGGAAGGGUCUUUUACAGCGCCGCCGCCGCUUCAUCCAACACACACACGGUGUUAGGAUUUAACCAGAAAAACACCAACACAACCACCUCAGCACGGCUUUCUGCGUGUUUGUGAUGAAGAGCAGCUUUGCUUCUGAGCUCCAGAAAUGAAAGGCUAACAUUCUCAUCAGCAAGGAAGCUAAACAGAAAGAGGAACUCCAACACAAACAGCAGCUCAUCACCACCUUCAAAUAAGGUAGGCACCAUGAACUAUGUGGGGCAGUUGGCAGGUCAGGUGCUGGUGACGGUGAAGGAGCUGUAUAAGGGCAUUAACCAGGCCACGCUGUCAGGCUGCAUCGAUGUGGUGGUGGUACGGCAGAAAGACGGGACCUACCAGUGCUCUCCUUUUCACGUGCGCUUCGGGAAACUUGGAGUGCUGCGCUCCAAAGAGAAAGUGAUUGAUAUAGAAAUAAAUGGAGAGCCAGUGGAUCUACAUAUGAAGCUCGGGGACAACGGAGAAGCUUUUUUCGUCCAGGAAAUGGAGGUGCAGGAUGAGACAGUCCCAGCUCACCUAGCCACUUCUCCAAUCCCCACUGAGAGUCACAUGUUCUGGGUUGGAGGUGAUCGAGGUAAGACUCAGGGUCUAGACAAUGACCCGCUGGACCUUGAGGAGCCUCCUGAGCCCCCUGUGCCCAGUACAGGGACAGCCAAGAAAAAGAAGAGGCGGAGAAAGAAGCACAAAGUGGACUCUCGGCGUGAAGAGAUGACUCCUCCUGCCUCUGUUGGUGCUUCUGCUAAUACAGAGGACAUCUUUGAAAUGGAUCUGAGCACUGAUGAAGAGGCCACUCCCAGCACACGAUCAUCUUCGAUUAGCACAUUAAGAGAGGUUGAAAUGAGAGUACCAGCAGUUCGCCAUUCUCCGGAGAGCUAUCCUUAUUCUGAUGGAGACUGGUCACCUACUGACAGUCAUGCCAUGUCUGAGGCCUUCUCUCCCAAGAGUGACUCUGAGCUGGUGAUCCGGCCCUCUGAGAGCAUGCUGAAAAUGGAGUCUCACAUGCAGUGGACAUGGGGAGAGUUCCCAGAACCCACCAGGAUGGCCAAAAAAGACAAGACAGAACUUCCCAAGACUGUGACCAUAACGCCAUCUGAGAACACUCACUUCAGGGUGAUCCUGAGCUCUGAGGCCAUGGAGCCUGAGGCUGAUGUGAAAGACGUCCUGGAACCUGCACCCAUAUGCACUAUUGUGAAGCCUGAGCCUCGUACUCCAGCUACCCCGAUCACCCCACUAAUGACUUCUGAAUGUGUAACCACCUCCACGCCCUCGGAGUCCCAUACUGCUGCCCCCAGCCCUCAAGGUGGAGCCAUGAUGGAUGUCUGCCCAAAGACAGACUCUCCUUCCAAGAAGAAAGGAGUACCAAAGAGAAGUCAGCACCAGGGACCUGAGGAUAUCUACCUAGAUGAUUUGAAUGUGCUUGAGCCUGAUGUGGCUGCGCGCUACUUUCCCAAGAGUGACUCAGACUCCAAGCACUGGAUGGACUCAGGGAUGCAUUCAGGGUCUCAGUCCCCUCAGUCAGUUGGCAGUGCUGCGGCUGACAGCGGAACAGAAUGUCUGUCUGACUCGGCCUCUGACCUGCCUGAUGUCACACUCUCACUGUGUGGGGGGCUUAGCGAGAAUGCAGAGAUCUCCAAAGAGAGGUUUAUGGAAUAUAUCAUCACUUACAAUGAAUUUGCUGAGAAUCCAGCCAUUAUAGACAAUCCUAAUUUAGUGGUGAAAAUAGGGAACAGAUACUACAACUGGACACUAGCUGCACCGUUAAUUUUAAGCUUACAGGCUUUCCAGAAGAAUUUGCCCAAAGCUACAGAGGAGGCCUGGGUUAAAGAGAGGAUGCCGAAGAAGUCUGGCCGUUGGUGGUUCUGGCGGAAAAGAGCAGACAGCACUAUCAAACAGUCUGAGAAUGCAGGAAAACUGGAGAUGAAGGAGGAGCAGCUAAAAGAGGGAGAAGCCUCUCUGGAAAAUGAUCCCUGCAAAGUGGAGUCCAGAGACUCGUCUAGUGAUGAGGAGGGGAAGGAGGUGAGUGCAGCUGCUGCUUCUCUUGAGCGCUCGGCUCAGACUGAGCCCCAGCCUCAACCUCAGCCUAGCACACUCUCCUACAGGAAGUCCUUGCGCCUCUCUUCCGACCAGAUUGCCAAACUAAAGCUGAAGCAGGGGCCUAAUGAUGUCACCUUCAGCAUAACCACCCAGUACCAGGGCACAUGCCGCUGUGAUGGCACGAUCUACCUGUGGGACUGGGAUGACAAGGUCAUCAUUUCUGAUAUCGAUGGCACUAUUACAAAAUCAGACGUGUUUGGGCAGAUUCUGCCUCAGCUCGGGAAGGACUGGACUCACCAAGGCAUUGCCAAGCUUUACCACUCUGUAGCCGAGAAUGGCUACAAGUUUCUGUAUUGUUCAGCCAGAGCUAUUGGCAUGGCCGAUAUGACUCGUGGCUAUCUGCAGUGGGUGAAUGAUGGUGGCACGAUUCUACCCCGUGGACCCCUCAUGCUUUCUCCCAGCAGCCUCUUCUCUGCAUUUCACAGAGAAGUGAUUGAGAAAAAGCCAGAGAUUUUCAAGAUUGAAUGUCUUACUGACAUCAAGAACCUGUUUCAGUCCAACAAACAUCCCUUUUAUGCUGCAUUUGGAAACAGGACCAAUGAUGUUUUUGCCUAUAAGGAGGUCGGAGUGCCUGUUUGCAGGAUUUUCACUGUCAACCCUAAAGGAGAGCUAAUUCAGGAGCAGACUAAAGGAAACAAGACCUCGUACAGCAGGCUGAGCGAGCUCGUGGAGCACGUGUUUCCAUUGCUGAGUAAAGAACAAAGCUCGGCCUUCAGCUUCCCCGAGUUCAGCUCGUUUUGUUUCUGGAGGCAGCCCAUCCCCGAGAUCAACCCAGACGACCUACUCUCAUAGGCUAGACAUGCUCUCAGUCUCUGUCCAUAUGCCAUUGUAUGGGCUGAAGUAAUAUUUCUCAAAGAUAAUUGGGUGUAAUCCUUGCAAAAUCCAAAAGUCCUCACUACCCGUAUCUGCACUCUGACCAGCUGAGGCCAGUUCUGUUGUAAAGGGUUGUAUAAAAUCCAUCUGCACAUCUCAGACGGAAUGAUGCCUCGCUCUCCCCUUUAAUCUAAUAUCCAUGUUGAACUGUGGGGGAGGUGAUGGUGCAGUUUUUCCUCAUUGUCACACACAUCAGGGAUAUUUGAAGCCUGCCUGAGUGCCAAGGCAUCUAAUAGAUACUUAGAUCAAAGUCUUCAGUUUAUUGUGUGUAUACGUUAAUUACUUAAUUUGGGGUUAUCAUAGCCUGCCUGGUCUGUCUGAUACUGGUGGACAAUUUAAUAAGAUUUAUCCCCACUGUGGUGGUCCAGGGUAGGCUGGUGUUUACAAUCUUGUGGCCUAAGCGCUUAACAGUUACCAUGUGGGUACAAUGGCGCAGUAUGUUUAGUAGGAAACAGAAAAUGAGUCAUGUGGGAGAAUAUGUAGGAUCACAGAACUAAUUAAUAGAGAUAUUUAUUUACAAAUGCUAAUUUAUUUUGUUCUCUAAAUGAUGAUUAACUAUUUCAUGGUAAGUUAAUUACGAUUACUAAAGUGCACUGCCUCCUAACAUGACGUGGCGAAAGAAUUCCUGUCUGACUAUGCGUCUCUGACAAGGUUUGAUCAGACGCUCUCUUGAAUGCUGUUGCUGCUAUCCAAGUCAGUCGUGUCGGUGACCUCGCAGCACUAUCUUUUCGCGGCAUCUACAGUCCGAUGGUGCGUUUAAGCUUUUAGCCCUGGUGGAAAAGCCCUGAGCAAGGCUUCCAUCUGUUUUCCAGGUGUUUUCCACUCGUUAACAAUUUCAUUGUCUGGCUGCUUUAUAAUGCCUUACUGAUCGCAAGAACGUGCCAUGGAUCAGCUUGCAGCUAAUGAAGGAAUGGCCUUAUUGGAAGCUAUUCAGCAGCCUUUUGCGUGGAAGGUUUAAAAGCUUCUUUUUUUAUUUAUUUUUUUUCCCCCACAUGAGGCUAAAAUAAGACUCGAGUGUUUUUUGAACUGCACUGCAGGUAAAAAUCAGCCUAUUUAAUUUGUGUAAUCAAAGAAAUUGACCAGAAAUGCUAAUGGUGUUUGAUUUCCCGAGAUGAAGUUCUAAUGUGUACCGAUUUGUAGCUUUAGCCUCGGGGUUUUUUUUUUUAAACUAGUAUGAUGGCAUUUAGAGUUUUACGUCUGUCUUUUGAGAUAUUUUCAAACUUUCAGGUCUAUAGGUGAAUGAUGUUUUGGUGCUGAGGAAGACAGCCUAUCAGUCUGCCUGAGCAGUUAUAGCACUGUAAUGGGCCAAUUACAGUGGUGUUGAAGAAACAGAUCGCAGCUGUUUCACAAGAGGAGUGUCCCUUAUUAUUUUCCUGAACAUCUUCUGACUGAUGAUUCUCUGUGGCCAAGGGAAGGAGCACAUCCUUGUCAUGAGUAGUUAGCAAAAGCUGGUCUUUGCCUCUGUGUAACAGUGUAUUUACAAUAAUUUGUUUCUAGGUCCUCGUUUUAAAGUUAGGUGUAAAGCACUGUGUUAGGUAGGCAUGCACACCGACUCGGAGCACAAUAGCAAGUAAUUUAUUUACAAUAGGAUAUUUGUAUGAUGGUAAACGUUGUGGGGGGGGGAAGGGACUUCCUGGGUUGUUUUCAGUUGUUUAUGCACAAAUGUAUUAUCACUUUUUUUUUUUUGGUCUUUAUGAAGUGUAGAAGUGAAAUCUGUCUGUUAAUGAUUAACAAAGUGAUCCCGUUCUUUCUAUGAAAGUAAUACUUCUUGUGUGGGAUGGACACACUCAUCUAUGGUUGUAAAAAUGUUUAAAAAACCACCAUGCGUAUUGCUCUGGAACCGAUCAUUUAUUGUUCAUUACUCUUGCUUUUCAUGCCCUUAAUUUUAUAUGCUUUUAUUUGUUGAAAUACGCAUUUUGUCGUCAACCUGUAUUGUUUUCAGUGUCAAAAUUGAACAUUACUGCAUCCGACCACUCUAGAUACCUUUAAGUGUAUACUUAGUGUAUGGAUUUAUUGUUUUGGAAAAUGACAUGAAAAUCGAUUAAAACGCAUUUAUUACAAAAGUUAGAUUGUUUCACUAACGAACGUUUUUCUUUUUCCCUUACAUUUCCUUCAGGAGGAUGUUUAGAAUUCAGCUGAGGAAUUGAAGGACAAGGGUAGACAGUGGAGAGAAAGAAGAGGUACAGGCAACCGAGUGGUGGAAUGAAAUGAAGGCUGGAGAUUGUGUGGUUUAAUCAGAUUUAGGAGAUUAUCACCUCAAGUCAGACAUUUUCUUCAUUUAUAUAGCAAUGGAAAAAUUAAUAUUGUCAAAUUUUGUCGUUCCCCCCCUCCCCAUUGCCUUGUUCAGCAGUACAAUAAAUAAGAUGGAAUGUCCAAACCAAAAGUUGCAGUGUGUGCAUAAAGGGGUAUUACUGUCUUCUCUUGGAAUGAGAAUAGCGGAGGUGUGCGUGUCACAGGCUAGUUUAGAGUUCCUGAAAUCGCUUCUUGAAUCACUACAUUU